AUGAACCCACAGGGGAAGAACACGAAGAUGGCCUGGGUACGAAAUGGGGUUAGAAGACCUCUCCUUCAUGACCUGUCUUGGCGACAGCGUUUCAUUUGCCCGGAUGCCCUGGUCCAUAAUAACCCCUUAGUCAUUCCUCAGCUUGCGGUUUUAAGUCCCAUUAUUACGAGGGAGCUAGAAGCCCUGAUGGGGCAUGGUCGAUACUACAUGCAUUUCGGAGUAAUAUCCAUCGAAUGGUUCGAAUCAUCCCAUGACUGGGUCCUUCGGCACGAGUGAAAACACUGGAACGACAAUGGCCGACCCUACACUGACUGUUCUGCGAAACAGUUUGCCCGACUACAAACCGUUCAGUCUACUAGAAGAUCGGGGAUUGAUAGGGGAUUUCUCCCCUGGCUAAUUGGUUGCUAGGACUCCAUAUUCUUUGCCCAUUCUCCGCUCCAUGCAAAAGGGGUCUCUCGGUUACAGUCACUCCAGAGCCAGUGUCAGGUCAGGUCUUGUGUAUAUAUUAGAUAGCUCCAAGAUCCAAGCAGACCCUGUUCCGUUUGAAUACGCUUCCCAAAAAAUUUCCACAGCGGACUCUGUACGGGAACGACAACAAUAAUGAGGUUCUCCCUCUUCUCCCUCGCUGGAGUCACAGCCUUCGCGGCUGCUUCUCUGGCCCAAGAAACCGCUACUUCUACCCUUCCUACCUCUGCUGCCACUUCGACGUCUGAGGCAGCGGCCCAGUUGAGCCAGUUGGCCGACUAUGCCUACAAUAUCACCAAGGAAAACCUGUCUAGCUCGUCGAGCAAGACCAAGAGGAGACGGCGGGGCGGGUGCACUCCCGAAAACCUGCAGAUCCGGAAAGAAUGGAGUUUCUUCUCCAAGGAUGAAAAGGUAGAUUAUAUCGAUGCCGUGCUCUGCUUGCAGAGUACGCCGUCCAAGACACCGGCGGACCUUGUCCCUGGCGCGAGGAGUCGGUACGAUGAUUUCGUCGCGACGCAUAUCAACCAGACAUUGCAGAUCCAUUAUACUGGCACCUUCCUCACAUGGCAUAGAUGGUUCAUCUGGGAAUUCGAACAGGCCUUGCGCAAUGAAUGCGGCUAUAAGGGAACCCUACCAUACUGGGACUGGCCCCGCUCUGCAGAAGUAGGUCUGGAGAACUACCCCGUCUUCGACGGCAGCAUGACCUCCAUGUCCGGCAACGGCGAGCACAUCCCGAACGAAGGCACCGUGGUCAUCAGCGGCAACGGACUCCCCCCAAUCCUCAUCCCACCAGGCACGGGCGGUGGCUGCGUCACCUCUGGCCCCUUCGUCAACUACACCGUGAACCUGGGUCCGGCGUCGCUCACAUUGCCUGGAAACAAGUCAGUGGCCGUGUCGAACCCGCUGGAUUACAACCCCCGGUGUCUGAAGAGAGAUCUCACGACGGCCGUGACGCAGACGUACGCCAAUGCCACCGCUGUCGUGAGCUUGAUCCUGGGUAACGAUGAUGUCUGGGACUUUGAGAUGACCAUGCAGGGUAUUCCGGGCAGUGGCAAUAUCGGUGUCCACGGUGGAGGUCAUUAUAGUAUGGGCGGUGAUCCUGGUCGCGAUCUGUUUGUUUCGCCCGGUGAUCCUGCCUUCUGGCACCAUCACGGUAUGAUCGAUAGGGUGUAUUGGAUCUGGCAGAUGCUCGAUCGGAAGAAUAGGCUGCAUGCUGUUUCCGGCACAGGCACUUUCAUGAAUGAGCCGCCUUCUGCUAAUACCACCUUGGAUACCGUCAUUGACUUGGGUUAUGCUGCUGGCAACCCUAUCCCGGUGGGAGAUUUGAUGAGCACCACUGAUGGCCCGUUCUGUUAUGUCUAUAUUUGAUGGGUGGUUUGGAAUGUACGUGUAUGUCCUUGUGUCUUGAACUGAAAACAUGUAUAGUAUAAGUGUCGUAGGGCAUAAUCUGAUGAAUUCCUACAAUGUAUUUGA